CCAGAAGAGGCAUCAUCAGCAAGAAUCUGGCGAGCAUCGAGCAACAACAAUAAUAUAAUAUAUAAUAUUAUUAUUAUGUCUAAAUCAAAUACAAUAUUCAGAAUAGCAUUUCGGUCAUUUCCGAUUUUGACUUCGAAGAACACGUUCGUGGCUCGGACGAUUCGACGACGUACGUUAACCACUAGCAGCAGCGCCACCGCCGACGACAUGACUGUUGACAUCGACGCAACCGAUCACAAGACUGAAACGACACCGACCCAAACUGCUUGGUCGUCGAAAAUGAUCGCAUGGCAAGUUCAUUCGUACAGCACAGUCGAUGAUCUGGUGCUGACCAGCAACGCCCGGUCCCCGACAAUGGUGGCGGCCCAUGAAGUGUUGGUGCGCGUCAAAGCUUCAUCCGUCAACCCACUCGACGUUCUCAUGGCUGAGGGCUUUGGUCAGGUAUUGUUGGGUACCAUCCGCCAAGCACAGCUAAUGUCCCUGCACAAACCUGUUGAGUUCCCACUGACGUUGGGGCGUGAUUUUUGUGGAGAAAUCAUAGCCAAAGGGGUAAAAGUCAAGAGUUUUAAUGUCGGUGACAUGGUCAUGGGUGUAGUGCCUCCGUUCCAUCAAGGUUGCCAUUCAGAAUUUGUUGCUGUUUCUGAAGGUCUGGUGGCUAAAAAACCAGAACACUUGACCAAUGAAGAAGCAGCAGGAUUAUUAUAUACAGGCAUGACUGCAUGGUCUGCUUUGAAAUUGUAUGGUGGCUUAUAUGUUUUGAAAGCUAAUAACAAAAACGUUCUAGUCAUUGGUGGAUCUGGAGGUGUUGGUAAUUGUGCCAUACAACUGUUAAAGCAUUGGGGUGCUAAGGUGACAACUACAUGUGACUCAACUGCCAUAUCCUUAGUGAAAAGUCUUGGGCCUGAUAAUAUUAUAGACUACACAGCUAAAGAUGCACGACAACAGUUGGAAGAACAUGGAAAGUAUGAUAUAAUUUUAGAUGCCGCAGGAAUAUCAUAUAAUAAAAUAGGUGCAUAUACACCUUUGUUAAAAGGUUGGGCUUGUUCUACGUUUAUUACACUUCGCAGUCCUAUUUUACACAAUACGGAUUCAUAUGGCUUGGUAGGGGGCAUGGUUAAAAAUGCAAUUGACCUUCUAGUCCCAAACAUUUUAUCUGGAGCAGUAUUCAAAGGAUCUUCAAUACGAUGGGGUACUUUCCUUCCAAUCGAAUGUGGUAUAAAAGAACUGGCUAAGUUAGCCGAAGAGAAAAAAAUUAUAAUUCCUCUGGAAAAAACUUUUAAGUUUAUGGACCUUAAGGAUGCAUACAAAAGAGUACAGGAUGGACAUCUUAGGGGGAAAGUUAUUAUAACUUACGAUAAACCUAGUAUGGAUAAAGCUAGAUUAACUAAUUAAAUAUUAUUUAUUGUUACUAUAGAUUCUAUUUUGAUGCUUACCAUAAUUAAUAAUGACAAAUCAUUAUACACAAUUUGGUUGUCUGCUAAUAGUUUCAAAAUUUAUUUGUUUU